UCUGAGACUAUCUAUCUAGUACGAUUGAUCAAGUCAGUCAGUAAAGUCUCUUAGCUAGGUCUUUAUGGAAUUAGCAGGUCGGUCUAGGUAUAUUUCUCCUGAGAAAUGAGUUCUUUCCUUUGUGCAUCUUUCUUUUCCCAUGUCUUUCUUGGUUGGUAAACCCAACUGGCGAUUUCCGUCUUCCUGAAUUGGGAGAGCAAGCAAGAAAAAGAAAGUCUCUCCUUUUGGGAGCAGAGCAGUCAAAUAAUGAACCAAAGCAAAUGAUUGUUAUUGUUCUAAAUCAAUUAUUAACGAAUUCUUCUUGUGAUGUAGCGGAACCAUGGCAAUUAGGGUUUCAAGACGCAGCAACACCUAUGAUGCAAGGAAUAAUAGACUUACAUCACGAUAUCUUUUUCUUCCUCAUUUUGAUUUUGGUUUUCGUAUCACGGAUCUUGGUUCGCGCUUUAUGGCAUUUCAACUAUCAAAAAAUCCAAUCCCGCAAAGGAUUGUUCAUGGAACUACUAUCGAGAUUCUUCGGACCAUAUUUCCUAGUAUCAUCCCGAUGUUCAUUGCUAUACCAUCAUUUGCUCUGUUAUACUCAAUGGACGAGGUAGUAGUAGAUCCAGCCAUUACUAUCAAAGCUAUUGGACAUCAAUGGUAUCGGACUUAUGAGUAUUCAGACUAUAACAGUUCCGAUGAACAGUCACUAACUUUUGACAGUUAUACGAUUCCAGAAGAUGAUCUAGAAUUGGGUCAAUCACGUUUAUUAGAAGUGGACAAUAGAGUGGUUGUACCAGCCAAAACUCAUCUACGUAUUAUUAUAACACCUGCUGAUGUACCUCAUAGUUGGGCUGUACCUUCCUUAGGUGUCAAAUGUGAUGCUGUACUUGGUCGUUUAAAUCAGAUCUCUAUUUCGGUACAACGAGAAGGGGUUUACUAUGGUCAGUGCAGUGAGAUUUGUGGAACUAAUCAUGCCUUUACGCCUAUUGUCGUAGAAGCUGUUCCUAGUAAAGAUUAUGGUUCUUGGGUAUCCAAUCAAUUAAUACCAUAAACGGUAUCCAAUCAAUUAAUCCCACAAACGGUAUCCAAUCAAUUUAUUCUUUUUUUUAUUAGGUAGAACUACUGUGAGCGGAUAACCGGAAAGAUAACCAAAAAAAGAACUACUGUGAGCGGUUUAAACUUCGACCCUUAUUUCUUUUUUUUUUGAUAGACCCUUAUUUCUUCUCGCUGCACACCUCGUCCCACAAUGUUCUUUUCUUGGGCCUGGAUUUAUUGACUAAGCAACGUUGGAACUUCGACGGCUUUCGCCCGACUUUCAGCUGCGAGCUCGGCCGCCUGAAUUGAAUAAAAGGUGCCAUUUGGGCAUCAAGCUCCUCCCGUAGUCGACCACGUUCGUUGUCACGAACCCGAUCUAUUUCUCGGGCUUGCUCCAACCGGCUGUCGACUUCGUCAAGAAACUCUUGCGAAUACUCUCCUCAAGGAAGGAGCCUUUCUUGCUCGUUGCUUGUUCCUGUGCGACUAACGCACAACAAGCACCGAGCAAUCAAACUAAAGCAGCAAUCCAACUAAAGCAGCAAUCAAACUAAAGCAGCAAUCCAACUAAAGCAGCAAUCAAACUAAAGCAGCAAUCAAACUAAAGCAGCAAUCCAACUAAAGCAGCAAUCCAACUAAAGCAGCAAGAAAACGGCUGCAGC